AUGAAUACUUUCGAGAGCGAAGAUGCUAAAUACGAUUAUUUUCAGUUGAACGUAUCUGGAAAGGCAAUUGAUUUUCGAAUAUCCGAUAGAGAAUACAUACUCCCUGCAGCAGUUUUUGACCUGUGUGAUAUAGAAGCUGUAAUCCAAUCUACUCAUAGCUAUCUUCUUGACAUCUUUGGGAAAUCUGUCAAGUAUAAUUGGAAAGCAGAAGACACAGAGAAAGAAUCCGAAGAGAUUUCUAUUCCUUAUAUUCCAAAACUCAAAAACAUACGAUCGGUAUUGUUCUCUCAUUUCAUCAAAAACAUAUUCAAUCGUCAGCCACACAAUGUCGUUAGAGAAUCAGAUAAUCGCGUGGCAUCUGUUCUGAUUGAGCAGGAGACUCUCCGUUUUGGAGUGUGGGACAAAACAGAGGAAUAG